AUGUCUCCAGGAGAAAUUUCGCCGCUGGUCAAGGUCAAAGGCCUCACUUGUGACGUUUUCGGCACUACCGUCAACUGGCGCUCAACCGUAACCGAGGAACUCACACUGCGAGCGUUCCGCAAAACCUCUUCCGAUCUCGACCAAGAUCUCAAGACCAGAAUCCAGAACCUCACUGAAGAAGACUGGGGUCGCUUCGCUCAAGAGUGGAGAAAAUCAUAUGGCAAGUUUACUCAUGGCUUUGAUCCUGAGAAGCAUACAUGGAAGACCAUCGACCAACACCACCAUGACAGCCUGAUCGAGCUCCUAGAAGCCUGGGAUCUGUCCGAGCUUUACAGCCCUUCUGAGAUUAAGUCGCUGAGUCUAGUCUGGCAUCGCUUGACCCCGUGGGAUGACUCCUCGGAUGGCCUUGAGAAGCUCGGCAAGACGUACAAGACUAGCACGCUCUCCAACGGCAACAUCGCACUACUCAGAGAUCUGAACGACUUUGGAAACUUGGGCUUCCAGUACCUCCUCUCAGCUGAGAAGUUUGGAGCUUACAAGCCAAACCCAAGAGUGUACACUGGCGCUGCGCGGGAGUUGGGAUUGGAGCCUGAUCAAGUGGCUAUGGUUGCCGCACAUCUGAGCGAUCUUGCUGCUGCGAGAUCAUGUGGUCUGAGGACAAUAUAUAUCGAGCGGCCACGGGAAGAGGAUUGGGAAGCAGACGACGAAAGAUACCAGCAAGCCAAGGAAUGGGUCGAUCUCUGGAUCACAGCGGAUGAUGAAGGAUUUUUGACUCUAGCUCAGAAGCUCAAAGAGCUGGCGUAG